CGGGCCAGCGCCGCUUCCGGGCCCCGCGAUGGCGGAGGAGGCGGCGCGGCGGGCGGUGGCGGCGGUGCCGCUGCUGCGGACGGCGGCGGGGCCGCGGGACCGGGAGCGUUGGGCCGAGCGCCUCAAGGAGGAAUACCGGGCGCUCAUACAGUACGUGGAGCACAACAAGGCCUCUGACAAUGACUGGUUCCGCCUCGAGUCCAACGCGGAAGGCACGCGGUGGUCCGGGCGCUGUUGGCACAUCCAUGAGCUGCUCAAGUAUGAAUUUGCCAUCGACUUUGAGAUCCCGGUGACGUACCCCAACACUGCUCCUGAGAUCGCCAUCCCAGAGCUGGAUGGGAAAACAGCCAAAAUGUACAGAGGGGGCAAAAUCUGCCUCAGCGACCACUUCAAGCCCCUGUGGGCCCGCAACGUUCCCAAGUUUGGUUUGGCUCACCUCAUGGCACUGGGGUUGGGUCCAUGGCUGGCGGUGGAGAUCCCCGACCUGGUGGCCAAGGGCCUCAUUCAGCACAAGGAGAAGUGAGCGGCGCUCAUUGGGGGGGGCUUCCCCCUCCCUCCCAGGAGGUGCUGCCCUCCCCCAACCCCCUGCCCCCCUCAUUCUGUGCCCCCUCCGCAUUUCCAAUAAACUCUGCAGCGCUCACCACGCCCCUGUGCUGCUCUGGGGCCCCCACGCACGGGGGGGAACCCUCAGACUCUGGGGAGUUUGGGGUCUCUCUUCCCCUGACCCCCCAACACACACAAACCGCGAGAACCGCGACUCUCUGAUAACGCCCCGAUUAAGGGCGCUGUUUCUUUAAGAAGAUUGAGUGCGGCGGCGCCUUUAAGAGCAGAAGGGGCGGUGUGCCCUUAAAGCGGAAGGGGCGGGGCUAAGCGGCAUGUCGCCAUAGCGACGCGG